GAAAACUUGCGGGAUUAAGUGUUCUGUGGGAUAUCCAUGGAUAGGAACAUGGCAGAGGCAGCAGUUGAAACGCCUGCUGUGCGGUUUUUCUGCCACAAAUGCAGCCAGGAAAUUAACCCUGUAUUACCGGACUACAUUUGCCCCCGGUGUCAGUCGGGUUUCAUUGAAGAAUUGGCGCACGGUCCCCCGGAGCACUCUAUAGAGGACUCUGAUGACGACGUAGACCAUGCUGCGCAAUUUAGAGAGCUUUGGAACAGUACCAUAGUGGAUAUUCUGCGGAGGAUUGAUCGUGGCCCUGGUGCUAUGGCGGAAGACAACGCGUCACCAGAUGCGCCGUCAUCAUCAGCUUCGGACUCAAUGAUGCGGCGAAGGUCACCGGGGCGGGCGGGCCGCAGGCCACAUCCUGACAGCCAGGGGAGGCAGCCUCUGGAAGGAAUCAUUCACCAAAUUUUUGCCAAUCUCACUGGAACUACAGGCUUUAUCUCCAAUCAAGGCCUUCCAGUCAGGCUGGUCAACUUGCAUGGAAACCCUGGAGACUAUGCCUGGGGCCGAGGGGGCCUGGAUGCGGUCAUUACACAGCUCCUGAAUCAGCUAGAUGGGACAGGGCCACCUCCUUUAGCAAAAGACAAGAUUGAACAGAUCCCCACCGUCAAGAUUGUCCAGGAGCAAGUUGACAAACUGCUUCAGUGCACAGUGUGUAUGGAGGAGUUCAAGACGGGUGAACAAGUCAAGCGGCUUCCCUGCCAGCAUCACUUUCAUCCCGACUGCAUUGUGCCCUGGCUGGAACUGCAUGGUACGUGCCCCAUCUGCCGCAAGCUACUGAGUGAAGAGGCUGGACAGGAGUCUGCUUCUGCAGCUGGAAGCAGCAGUGGCUCGGGCACAUCGCGGGCAGCAGGGCCACGUUCUCAGAGCAAUGAUGCUGCCAUGGCAGCACUUUUGCGCAUGCAUGCGGCAACACCCAGGGGUGCCCGCUCGUCCCAUCAGCCGCCACCUGCGGCAUCGUCCUCUUCGUCGUCGUCUUCCGCGUCCUCACAACCGCCAACAAGCAGAGCUCGACGGCAGUCGCCUGCAAACUCGACAUCGCGGCGAGGAAGCCACCCGGGAGGCAACCAGUACUCGGUGUACGACUUUAACGACGAGUGUGACUGAAACUUCUUGGGAUACCUACAAAAACACCCCAUGGAACUCCACAAGAAAAACACAACACUUUUCCCCCUCUCCCAUCGGUGUGUUGCAGCUGGGACUGCAGUGCCGUGGAGAGAGAAGACUAGAUUGAUUGCUAAGAGAAAAAACAAAAAGUGAAGGGAGUAGGUGGUGUCCGGAAAACAAAAAAAAAGAGAAAAGGCCAUCGAGGCACUGCCUGGUGUGCGGGCGAGUGUUCUACCCUUUCUCUUGUUGGACCUAGAAGGAUUGUUACUGUGUGUGUAUGAUGUAUUUUUUUUUCUGUCCUUGUUGCAAAAUUUAAAUGGCAGGAAUGGCAUACUGCCUGUCUCGUGACAAGUGUGCAAAAUUGCGAGAAAGCAGCACACGGAUGCUUAGAACUGGCCUUCAGUUUAGGCUCAAGCUUUUCUCGAAUGUUGCUCUGCAGGCCUGUUAAUGCGCAGUACUUUCUCGCAUUCUGUGGAGCAGGCAAGUUUCUCCCCUUGCAAAGUUAAAAGAUAAUGGUGCGGAUUGCAUGCGUAGGCUCUCUGGGGAUAGGCCACAUGUGUGCAGCCGGGCCAUAAUGAGGCACGGCAAGCAGUAAUUGGCUGUGUGGGUCAGUUUUCACAGAUAACUGCAUUCUUGGCAGCUGUUGUGACCUUCAGUGUGCCCUUGCCACAACCUCUGUCAAGCAAGCCUGACGUAAAUAAAGGAAAAAUGGGUGAGUGCCUGUGCUAUGCUGCUGUCGACUUUUGAGGCUUUCCUUCUGCUGCCAGUCGCAGGCGAAAAGCAACCUGCCUGGCACAUUGUAUUAUGUACAUGCUUAACACAGAAAAAUUUCCAGUGAUGGAAGUGCUGCUCCGAUUGUUCUAAACUGCUCCAAAAGAAAAAUGCUGCUCCGAAGUGCAAUAUUUGCUAGUAACUGCUCCAAACCUGCUCCAAAAUGGCAUUGGCAAACUAAAGAAAAAAAAAAAUGAAAUUGAACCAUGUGACCAUCCAGUAAACCUAAGCAAAACCAAAAGCAAGCUGUAAGCGCAAUCAUCCUAGCAUGCUACUCAGUGGCGUAAAUUUAGAAAAAAUCUCAAGGGGUGACUUACAGGCCAUGAGGGCUUAUUCGUAUUUUUUAAUAUGGUUUGUAUUUUUAUUUGUAUAAUAAUUAAACCAUACUUUCAAAAAGAAUCCUAAUAAAAGAGCAUGGACUACGAGCCCAAGCAAUUGCAUUGUC